CUCCCCGAGCGACCGAGCAAGUGAGGUGAAGUACUGAAGAGUGUUCAAGCAAUGGCGGACGGCGGUGUGGCGAGGCUGGCGUCGCAGCGCGCGGUGGUGAUCUUCGGCGCGAGCAACUGCUGCAUGUGCCACGCCGUGAAGACGCUCUUCUCCGACCUGGGCGUGAGCUGGGCGGUGUACGAGCUGGACAAGGACCCCGGGGGGAAGGACAUCGAGCGGGCGCUGGCCCGCAUGGUCGGCCGGACCCCGCCCGUGCCGGCGGUGUUCAUCGGCGGCAAGCUCGUCGGCCCCACCGAACAGGUCAUGUCGCUGCACCUCGGCGGGAAGCUCGUACCGCUGCUUCGCGAGGCCGGCGCCCUGUGGCUGUGA